AUGUCAGAAACUGAAGAAUCCAAAACUAAAAAGAAAGCAGUUAGGGCCAAAUAUUCAAGACCUUGUGAUGGGUGUGCAUUAAGAAAAGUUAGGUGUGAUCAAAAGAAACCGUGUUCCAGAUGUGUUGAACAUAACGUUCCUUGUACUGAUAAUAGAUUAAGAAAGAAAUGUGGACCAAAACACAUUCAUAAGAAAACAAGAGAUUCUAUCAAUAAUUUAUCUAUGGGUAAUGGAAAAAUCAAUACUUUAGGUAAUUACAAUGAAAUCCUUACUAUAGAUAAGUUACUACCAUGUCUACAAAUCUAUCAAACAUGGUAUUAUGGGAUUUGGCCAGUUUUAUCAGUAGCUCAUUUGGUUAGUAGAAUAAUUCAAUUGAAUCCCUCGGGUGAUUCGACUUUGAAUCCUGAAAAUGCUACAAGUUAUAGUUUAUGUUGUGCCGUAUGUGCAGCUAUAACUAAACAAUUGACGUUUUUAACUCAAGGGUCCAAUCCUAUUGUUGGUAUUCAACAUAAUAUUGAUGCUAGUGAAUAUGCAAAAGAAGCUAUCAGAUCAAGAAACUUAUUCGAUUACAGAUUGAAUCCUAGUCAUGAUAGUUUACUUAUAAGUUUCUUCCUUUAUAUCUAUUAUGUUAAUAUCAAAGGAGGGGUCCAAGCAGCUAUUAUGUAUAUGAAAGAAGCCAUUUCAACUGCUCAAUUAUUGGGAUUACAUGAUCCACGAACCUAUGAAGCUAAACCUCCAGCUGAAAUCCAUCGUUUAAGAAAAAUCUAUUAUAUGUUAUUAGUCACCGAAAGAUUUACUUGCAUUGAAGAUAAUGUUCCUGUUUGUUUAGAACCUUCUAUUCCUUUACCUUCUUUAGAAGAUGAAGAAUAUAGUGGAUUAUUAACCGGGUUUAUCGAACUAGUCAAGAUUUUUUCUAUCCCUGAUAAGAAGUUCUUUGAUAAUUUGAUUAAUUAUAGUCAAAAGAAUCCUUCUAAUUUGAAUCAUUUCAAAAAUUUAUUCCUUUCAAGUGGUUCGCCAACUACAAAAUGGAUUAUAAAUGUCCAAACUGAAUUAUCCAAAAUCCAAGUGACUACCAGUUCUUCGGAUACUCAAAGAUUGAAUAUCAUUCUUUCUAAAUAUUGGAUGAAAUCUUUAGCUUGGCAUAUUUCUAGUCAAAAUGGAUUAUUAGUUAAGAAGACUAAAAACCCUGAAGAAGAAUGUUUAGUAUCACAAUUUCCUAUUCAAAUAGCCAAAGAUUUCUUAUUAGAAACUCAAGACUUGCCGCUUUUCGCUUUCGAAUCCAACGGACCUGGUGUCUGUGUGAAAUUAUUAGAAAUAGCUUUGGCAGUGGCAGAUUCUGUUAAUGAAUGUAUUAUAAAUAAGCAAGAAACAUUCACUGCUUUCAACAUAUUAACAUCGAUUUUCUCCUUAGUAUCGAAAUUCAAAAGUGAUAUCACUAUCAGUCAAGAAUUGUAUCAAAAGGUCGAAAGUAUCAUCAAUAGGAAAUCGGUACCUUCACCUAUAUAUCCUAAAUCAUACUUCCGAGAAGUUAAUGAUGAUGGGGAAUCUAUAACAUCUGAUGACACCAAAACUUCUGAAAACAAACCUUUGAAAGUUGAUACUUUCCAAUUACCUUCAGAUCUCGGUUCUCCAUCACAAACUGUUCAGAAAAACCAUGAUGAAAGGGCCACUAAAAAGAAUGGUGACCAAUCACCUUUCACUCAAAUGACAAUGGCUUUUUCAUUAUCUCCUAAUCAAGCAGAAGAUUAUAAUUUUGAUUUAUUUAGAAUUCCAUCGUUAACUAAUUUGAAUCAACUUAAUCAAUCACCUAAUAGUAAUGUCAAUUCCAAUCUUCUCAAUGGCACCAUAACACCAAAUGGAUUGAUACAACCGAAUAAUACUUUAUCAAAUUUGAAUGUGGGAUUUCAAACAUUCAAUCAAACCUUAUCACCUUCAAAUCAACAAUUACAACAACUAGAACAACAAUUGCAACACCAAUUCCAUCAAUUUCACCAAAAUCAAUUCAACCAGUAUCAAUAUGGUACACCCAUGAGAGACUCCGAUUCUGAUAAAAGUGUAGUGAGUCCCGAAUUGGAAGUUGUCAACAAAAAGUUAGAUAGCAUUGAUGAAUUAAGAACUAUCAAUGAUAUCUUAGAUCAAAAAAUGGAAAAGGAGAAAGAUUUACUUCAUGAACAGAAAUCUGAGAAGACUUCACCUUUCUCCGAACACUCCUAUGCAUCUUCAGCCCCUUCUGAUGAUCCGAAUUAUACUUUCCAGGUGGUUUAG